AAACAUAUGUGUAGUGUAACCGAAGUUUACAUGAUCCGGUGCGUAUGCACUUAAAAGUCAUGCCUUUUUAUUUAGGUACACAAUAUUGAAGAAGAUUGAGAUGAUUUUAGUGAUACUGCUGACCUUACAUAAUUUAACAACAGAAUCUCGACACAUAUAAAAAGAACGCAGUUAAUGCAAGAUGAUAUCUUCAUGUAGAAUUGGAAGAAAUCUCUGGGCAAGGCAUCAUCAACUACUGAACAGACACAUGCAACUAUGGUGUUUUCCACUGAUAAUACAUAGAGGAUAUGUUUUGGACAGAUACACACAAAUAAACGGGAAAAGUCUUGUUAAUUCGACCUGUAAUUCGUAUAACACAUUUUUAAGUGCCGUAUCAAUACAGUUAAAACAUGUAAGGUUUAGGAAUGAAAAGAGUGACAUUUUUGAUCAAUUUCAUGAUCAAGUCAUGUUAAGGGAUGAUUUCCAGUUGUCCCUUGAGGAAUGGACCAAACUAAGAAAUAUAAUUGAGAAAGACAAUCCAAAUUUUGCUAAGGGCAUGGAUCAUUCUUUGAUGAAAAUGGCUUCGACUCAGAAAAAGCCAGAAUUAGCAAAAUCUUUAAUGGAAUUUCUGAAACAUAUAGAGAAGACAUCUAUAUCUACAACUUUGCAAUUCAUGCUUGCCUGUUGCACGAAAUAUGAAGACUUAGUUUUAGAGGAACUUGUUGAUUUGGAAAAGGAUCCAAAAUUAAAGAUGCUUUGGAGAGAAUGCGCGCUUUUGAUCGAUGCAGUUUCACAGACUCGUGUCUGGGAAAAGGCAAAAAUAUAUUAUGAAUGGCUUCCUGUGGAUGACCCUGCAUUCAUCUCAAGCGCUUUUUACAUUCUGAGGGCCUCCCUAAAACAUAAAGACUACCACACUUUCUUCCUGUUUUUGCAUCAGUAUCACGUUCGAAAUACUGACCCCAGCGAGCAGUUGGAUACGAUUGCUGACUUGUUAUUUGAGGAAUGGCAGAGGGGUUUAUAUGGGCAUGAUGUCCUGUUGGAGCUGUUGAAAGUUCAUAACAUGUACCUCAAAGAUUAUCAAGCAGCUGCUGUGCAGAAACAUUUCAAUAGGUUAUCUCCUGGCAGUGUUGCUCUGACAACAAUCAACAAGCAGUCCAGAUGGCAGUGUGAUCAUUGCGGCGAAUACCUGACCAAGGAUCAGCCAUUCACAGACUCCCAAAUAAAAUGCCUAGGCAACCAUCUUGCCAUGCAGGCGUUUGGGACUAAAAACCAUUUCUACACAACAGAGCCAGGAGAUCAUCUACAGUUCAAGAAGAUGCUGACGUUCUGUGGGCCAUUUGAUUACGUCAUCGAUGGGGAGAAUGUUGCGUUAGCCAGAGGAUUUUCACAAAUAAUGAAUGCCUUCCUGUCUGAUCUCGAGGUAUUGCGCAACCAGGGGAAGCAAAUUCUCAUUAUACAUCGUAAUGUAACGUUGCGGACGAAUUGCCUUCCAAAGGCCUAUGUGGAACGCAUCAGGAAAAGUUGUAUCGUAUUUACUGUGUCGAGAAAGACAUAUGAUGAUGUGUACGGGCUCACAGCAGCCAUGCUGAGUGGCAAGCGCUGCUACCUGGCCUCAAGCGACUUCUUCCGUGACCACAUCGCCCGGUUGGAUGUCCCGAACCAAAACCUGUUCUGGCUCUGGCAGAAACAGUGCCAUUUGCAAAUCCCAUCUGCUCUGGGGAAACAAAAAUCUGUGUUUGAGUACCCAAAUGCUCGCUGUGUCACCCACGAGUCCGACCUUCACUGGCAUGUCCCGUACAAACUUGAGAGCGAGAAAAAAUUACCUCAACCUGAGACAGUGGACAUUGAAAGACGUUCGCGUUUAGACAAAGUGUUCCCCCCACAUACUUUCCUGUGCAUUCGCAAACCGCCUGGUUACAAUGAGUCAGAGGAAGUGAUGAAAAUACGGGCGGCCAGAGAUAAGCUUCAAACGAGAAUGACAUCAAAACUUGAGGAUAGCAGUGUGAAAUUUAAAUAAAUACAUUGCAUGAAACACCUGUAAAUUAAAUUUUAACAUACAAUACUGUA